AUGGCAGGCCUGUUUAUGCAGGCUGCUACCGCAGCUCAAACCAGGAAUUGUUCGUCAGAUGUUAUUCCUCAUCCGUCCAUAGCUGAGGCACAAAUCCUUGAACUUAGUGCUAUCCCGGUCCUGAAUUACCGUCAAGAUGAGGACUCGGCAAUAAACUUUUGCAACGUCACAGUCACAUACACCCAUCCUGAACGGAAAGAUGCCAUCCACGUCACGAUCUGGCUUCCCUUGGAAGACUGGAAUCACCGAUUACAAGGCUCGGGUGGUAGCGGGUACGCAGCGAGAUCAGAAGAUGCAGUUCUUGCAGCAGCAGUGGCUCAGAAAUACACCGCUCUUGCGACCGAUGGAGGACAUGAAGUGAAUGGAUUCAGCUCGGAGUCAUGGUCAUUGGAUAAAGCGGGAAAUUUGAAUAUGGCAUUGCUCGAAGACUUUGCAUAUAUCGCUCUUAACGAUGCCGCUAUAAUUGGGAAGCAGGUAGCGAGUAGUUUCUACGGCCAGGCACUGCGAUUUUCAUACUGGAAUGGGUGUUCAACAGGUGGCAGGCAGGGCUUAAUGUUGGCGCAAAGAUAUCCAACUGCAUAUAAUGGAAUCUUAGCAGCUGCGCCUGGAGUUAAUUGGCCUAGCUUUGUUGUUUCUCAGUUCUGGCCGCAGUUUGUGAUGAAUCAGCUUCGUACCUGGCCUGCUCCUUGUGUUACCGACGCUAUUACAGCUGCAGCAAUCACGGAGUGUGACGGGAUUGAUGGGGUUCUCGAUGGAGUUAUCUCAUUACCAGAUCUUUGUGACUUUGAUCCUCAUAGCUUGGUUAACACCGUGGUCGAUUGCGAAGGUGAAAAUGUAACCAUCACAGAGAACGAUGCUCUCGUGGUACAAAGCACUUGGGAAGGACCUGUCGCGUCCAAUGGCUCAUUCCUCUGGUAUGGACUUGAAAAAGGCACUCCUCUCUCGAUGGAGGAAUCAAGUCUCGUAUAUACCAAAUGCUCGGGACUUAAUUGCACCGGUGCGCCUUUUCCUAUAUCCGCAGACUGGAUUAGCCGGUUUGUCCUGCGCAAUCCAUCCGCCAACCUGGCCGACCUAGAUCACGAAACGUUCGAUGAAAUAUUUGCUCGUUCUAAGCAGGACUUUGAUGCAAUUAUGGGUACAAACAAUCCAGAUCUCUCAUCUUUCAAACGUGCCGGUGGGAAAAUAAUCACUUGGCAUGGGUUAUCGGACCAACUAAUUCCUCCGAAAGGGACGGAACAGUACUACAAAGAGGUGCAAAAAAAGGACCCUUCUGUCUCAGAUUUCUAUCGUCUGUUCAAGGCUCCCGGUGUUCAUCAUUGCGAGGGUGGGGAUGGCCCUGUCCCUAUUGAUCCAUUAGCACGCGUGGUGGAUUGGGUGGAAAGAGGUAUUGUGCCUAACACGUUGGAUGCGGUCUCUGCAUCAGGGCUGAGAAGGAAAUUGUGCCCGUACCCACUUUCCCCGGUGUAUAAAAGUGGUGAUAUUAAUGGCGCAGAGGGCUACGAGUGUGAAGAGACUUGCGAGUGA